AGUCAAACAGGGGUUAAGAAGAAGAAGAAGAAGAAGAAGAAGAAGGAAUACCCAGAGAGAGAGAGAGAGAGAGAGAGAGGUAUGGGGCAGUGCGUGUCUUGCUUAGACGAAGAAAAAAAUCAACGAAGGAAAGAAGGGGAAAGGUUAGCCGCCGCUGAAGUCCGUGCCAGAGCUGCCGAAGCUGCUGAAAAACGGCAAGAGCAAUUUGAAAAAUCUGCAGCAGGAAGAGCUGCACGUGCACAGCAACAGGGUCUUGCAAAGCAAGCAUUAAAUACUAACAAAGGGGAACCGGUAUUAAAGUGGCAAAUGGGUGGGUCUUAAGUAUUGUUUCUGUCCAGUUCAACAACUGCUUAUUUGAUUCAACAUAAGAUUCAAUCUUGUUCUCUGCACUGCCGCCUCAGCGAUUCAUACCUCUAUCUAAACAUAAGGGGGCAAUAAAUAUUUAUUUUGUAAAUUAAUAAUGAUGUUUGUAAUUAAAUUUCUUUAUUAAGACCAAUGCUGAGGCUGCAAUGUACUUUAUCUUUUCUGCGUC